GGACUCCUGGUUGGUUGGUUUGGACGAUCAACGAUGGCAUCAUCUGGUAAUAAGUGCUUCAAUUGCGGAGGUGAGGGACAUUUCGCGAGGGAAUGUCCUCCCAGCGCCAGCAACAGCCUGGUGGUGGAACCUCAAAUGCAUCUACUCCUGCUAGUAAUCGUUACUGGACUCCUAGGCGUAAUCAGGAUGAUAACGAGGAGUGCGAAUUCUCGAGACAGCUCAUUCAAAAGAAGAGAGAGGAGCAAGCGCAUAAGCGAGAGAUUGACGAGAAGCGCAAGAUGGACGAGCUAAUCAAGCAGGAGAUUGAAAGGAAUUCGGAGGCGCUUGAGGCGAGGGUUUUGUCUAAGAUCGGUCGGCAGUAUCUCGUUUCUCGGGAGGAGGCAAGACGGGAGGAGGCCCGAUCUCCAGUGUGUCGUACUCCAGGCGUUGUCAUUCGAGAGAGAGAACGGGAGGUAUAUGACUAUGAGAAUCGGGGCAUUGAAGAUAUUGAAGAUGAGAUAGCUAAACUCUAUGAGAUUAGAGAGAUGAAGAAGAGGAAGGGCAAGGAACCGGCGAGUGUGGGUCGUAGGCCGUUUCGACAACCCGUCUUCCAGAGGGAUGACGGUUUAGUGGUUGAUACUCCUCGGGCUGAAUCUUCAAGGAGAGCGGAGGAGCGGCAACGAACGAAGAUUCCGGCCGGAAGUGGUCCAGAGGGAAUCCUGGUGUAUGUACUUCAGCACCACAGGCUGCUUACUGGCAAGAACAAGGAACAACUCAAGGCUAUUUGCGCAGCGGAGGGCAUCGAGUACACUACUAAAUCACCGACCAUUGAAAAGAUAAUUGAGGCAAGGGUUAAGCUUGCCUAUGAAGGUUCCGUUCCAUCGUCUUCUGAUCCAGCUACGCUGGAUGAGGAGGAGACUCCUGGCAAUUGAAUGAGUCAUUUCGUGCGUGUUCGGCUUUGGCAGAAUCU